UACAGGCUAUAGCCUUGAGUCAUUUAUUUCACGUUAGUACUAUGCUUUUCUUCAGCACAUGCAACCUUCUGUUUACAACAUUAUCUCAGUGUAGUCAGUGAGGCCUAACCAACCACAUAAAUAUCCUCGCUUUAACAUUUCCACAUCCUUCGUAAUAUUUUGAGCACAUGCUUUCAUCCAUUACUCUUAACUAACUUCAUCAAUAUCUCCUCUCAUUUCUACCUGAUACUAACAUGUUACCCGAAGCAACUAGUAUUUGGUCAUAGUGGUGGAGUACCAGCAAUAAAACAGACGAAACUCUGAGAAACGUCUUGACCACCUUAAUCCCUCUUUUCUUCACAUUUUGGUUCAUUUUCUAUGUGAAGAAGCAAGACAGGAAGCAGCCUCCUUCGCCUCCUGGACCGCGUGGCCUGCCUUUAGUCGGAUAUCUCCCUUUUUUGGGUUCUAAUCUCCAUCAUAGCUUCAAAGAAUUGGCCAGUUUAUGGCCAAUCUUCAAACUUCGGCUAGGAACUAAAGAUUGUAUUGUAAUCACCUCACCAUCUUUAGUCAAAGAGGUGGUUAGGGACCAAGAUGUUGUGUUUGCUAACCGAGUAUCCAUUAUUGCUGCAAACAGUCUUUUGUUUGGGACAUUGGAUAUUGCCUUCUCCAAUUAUGGUGUCGAAUGGCGUAAGAUGAGGAAAAUUUUUGCCACUGAGAUGAUGAGUAAUUCUAGGCUUGAUGCUAGUUAUCAUCUAAGGAAGAAACAGGUCAAAAAAAUGAUAGAUGAUACUUACAAAAAAGCUGGUCAGAUUAUUGAUGUAGGUGAACUAGCCUUUUCAACUAUUGGCAGCUCUGUCAUGAGCAUGAUAUGGGGGGAUACAUUGAUAGGGGGUGAGAGUUCUGUUAUUGAUUCCGAAUUUCGAGCUGUUGUAAAUAAACAACUUGAACUUUUAGGGACACCAAAUAUAUCAGAUUUUUUCCCCUUGCUUGCAAGGUUUGAUUUACAGGGAAUAGAACACAGAAUGAAGAUCAUCUCAAGACGGAAUGAAGAGAUCCUUGAUAAAGCUAUAAAUCGUCACAGUAUUGCAAAAAAUGUUCAAUGUAGGGAUUUUCUUGGGUAUCUCUAGCAGCUUACCAAAAGUGAAGAUCGUACAAGAUCAUUAACCUUGCCUCAAGUUAAAGCAAUGCUCAUGGAUGCUAUGACUGGUGGAACAGAUACAUCAGUUGCUACGGUUGAAUGGGCUAUGGCAGAGAUACUAAAACACCCAGAAAUACUGGGGAAACUCCAAGAAGAACUAACCGAGAUCGUGGGAUUAGAUAGCACCGUUGAAGAGGCUCAUUUGCCUAGCUUAAAGUAUCUAAAUGCAGUGGUGAAGGAGACACUUCGUUUGCACCCACCCAUUCCUCUCCUCGUUCCCCAUUGCCCAAGUGAGCCUUCUACUAUAGGAGGAUAUAGCAUACCCAAGGGUGCUCGUGUCUUCCUAAAUGUGUACACUAUGCAUAGAGACCCACAACUUUGGGAAGAUCCACUAGUGUUUCGACCUGAGCGAUUUUUAAUUGAGACUGAUGCUACUAAGAAAAUGGACUACUUGGGCAACGAUUUUCGAUAUCUUCCAUUUGGGUCAGGAAGGAGAAUGUGCCCUGGUAUUCCUCUUGCAGAGAGGACAUCAAUGCUUGUGUUGGCUUCUCUAUUGCAUGCAUUCCAGUGGAAGUUACCAAAUGAAACUGUGGAUGUUGAUUUGUUGGAGAAAUUUGGAAUUGUUAUGAAAAAAUCGAAACCUUUGUUUGCUGUACCGAGUCCCAGACUCUCCAACUUGGAGCUCUAUUCGUACGCAGAUUAGCAGUUCUUUAAACAAGUUAGAAGAAAGUUAGAAGAAAUAGAAGGAAGAUGGAAGAAGAAGACUAUGAUGCAAUUAUGUACAAGUAAUUUCACAAUUAUAUCGUACUAGUUUUCUUGCUUAAAUUAAAGUUUCCACCAGACCACCCUUCACAUCUUUCAAUUUUUAGAUGUAUUAUGCUAGCAUAGAAAUUCAAUGUGCUUAACAAUCUUUCAUAUCAACCUACUAUCAUUAGAAUGUGAUGUUCACUGUUCAGACAACACAAUCAAUAAUAUUACUGUCGGAACACGUACAGUUGCUUGAUUAUA